AGAAGGUAGAUAUAUGUGUACACAUGUGCCUGAAUAAUUUUCCAACAUGUUAGGUAAUACCUGUCAGGGAUUUUAAUAACCCAGUGUCAGUGAGUUAUCCUGGUGGCUGUUUUGCUGAGGCUUUCAGCAGGAAGUCCAUUUUCCCAUGGAGUUGGGGUUGUUUUUUGUUUUUUUUUUUAAAGUGUCAGUCAGAAAAUAUGAAAAUGGCCUGGGAUUUUAUGUGUCAAUUAUAGUCAAUGAGUGUAUGCCUCUUUAUAAGUGAUCUGGAGUUCUUUUGCACCUUAUGGCUGGUCUGUAACAUGAGCUGGAGGUCAGAUGAGGGAUAUGGGAUGUAUGGGUUAGGUUUGGGGUAGUGAGUGUGUGGAUAAUAUUAGGAACGAAUUAAGAGGUGGAUUAAAGAUAUCCAAGAAGGGGCCACAUGAUUUUGUAUAGAACGAGCUUGGAGUGGGAUGAGACGGAGUCAUUUCAAGAUAUUUCUAGGGUAGUUCUAUAGUUAAUGAAUAGAAUCAGGUGCAUGCCGACGGUGGGAGGGGCCCCAUGGUUGAGAAACUUAGGUAAACCAGAGAGCCUCAGGUAUCAGUAGAGCUAGUGUUCAAGAGGCUAAUCACAGGAGCCAAUCUGGGUAGGGAUUCCCAUGCAGCCAAAGGGAAGGUGGUUAGCAGAUGGAUGAUUUCAGAAGGAUCUAUUGGUCAUCCUGUGGAGGGGAAGGAAAUGUCUCGAGUGUCUGCAUUUCAAGGUCUGCUACCCAGUUCUGCUGAGAGAGCUGACAAUUUACUGGCUCAUCAAUGAAACAAUAUUAAAUUAUGAAGAUGUAAGGAAAAAAUCCUACGCUAACAUUGUUGCAGUUUGAAAGGCUUCUCUGCAGAAUGUCAAACAAAGAUCGACACAUUGACUCCAGCUGUUCGUCCUUCAUCAAGACGGAACCCUCCAGCCCGGCCUCCCUGACGGACAGCGUCAACCACCACAGCCCAGGUGGCUCUUCAGACGCCAGCGGGAGCUACAGUUCAACCAUGAAUGGCCAUCAGAACGGACUUGACUCGCCACCUCUCUACCCUUCUGCUCCUAUCCUAGGAGGGAGUGGGCCUGUCAGGAAACUGUAUGAUGACUGCUCCAGCACCAUUGUGGAAGAUCCCCAGACCAAGUGUGAAUACAUGCUCAACUCGAUGCCCAAGAGACUGUGUUUAGUGUGUGGCGACAUCGCGUCCGGGUACCACUAUGGGGUAGCAUCGUGCGAAGCCUGCAAGGCAUUCUUCAAGAGGACGAUUCAAGGUAAUAUAGAAUACAGCUGCCCUGCCACGAAUGAAUGUGAAAUCACCAAGCGCAGACGUAAAUCCUGCCAGGCUUGCCGCUUCAUGAAGUGUUUGAAAGUGGGCAUGCUGAAAGAAGGGGUGCGUCUUGACAGAGUACGUGGAGGUCGGCAGAAGUACAAGCGCAGAAUAGACGCGGAGAACAGCCCCUACCUGAACCCUCAGCUGGUUCAGCCAGCCAAAAAGCCAUAUAACAAGAUUGUCUCACAUUUGUUGGUGGCCGAACCAGAGAAGAUCUACGCCAUGCCUGACCCUACUGUCCCUGACAGUGACAUCAAAGCUCUCACCACCCUGUGCGAUUUGGCGGACCGGGAGUUGGUGGUUAUCAUCGGAUGGGCGAAGCACAUUCCAGGCUUCUCCACGCUGUCCCUGGCGGACCAGAUGAGCCUUCUGCAGAGUGCUUGGAUGGAAAUUUUGAUCCUUGGUGUCGUAUACCGAUCUCUUUCAUUUGAGGAUGAACUUGUCUAUGCAGAUGAUUAUAUAAUGGAUGAAGACCAGUCCAAGUUAGCAGGCCUUCUUGACCUCAAUAAUGCUAUCCUGCAGCUGGUAAAGAAAUACAAGAGCAUGAAGCUGGAGAAAGAAGAAUUUGUCACCCUCAAAGCCAUAGCUCUUGCUAAUUCAGACUCCAUGCACAUAGAAGAUGGGGAGGCCGUCCAGAAACUUCAGGACGUCCUACACGAGGCGCUGCAGGAUUACGAGGCCGGCCAGCACAUGGAAGACCCGCGCCGGGCGGGCAAGAUGCUGAUGACGCUGCCGCUGCUGAGGCAGACCUCCACCAAGGCCGUGCAGCACUUCUACAACAUCAAACUGGAAGGCAAGGUCCCCAUGCACAAACUUUUUUUGGAAAUGCUAGAGGCCAAGGUCUGACUAAAAGCUCCCUGGGCCUUCCUGUCCUGCACGCCGAAAAAGGGAAAAUCAACCCCAGAGUGAUGUCGAAGAAACAUAGAGUUUAGUUACCAACAUCAAAAAUCAACGGACUGCACUGAUCAUUUAGCAGCAAGACUAUGAAGCAGCUUUCAGAUUCCUCCACAUCUUCCUGAUGAGUUUCUCUGGCCCUUUUCUCACCUUCCUUCCCCCUUCCUUCCUUCCUUCCUAAUUUUUUUUUUUUUUUUUUAAUCUCCCUUAUUUGUCCUCUCCGUCAUUUCUCAGUUUCCUUCAUUACCGGUUCCCUUUCUCCUUCAUUUCCUUCCUUCCUUCUGUCUUGCCCCCCUCCUCCUCCUCACCUCUUUCUCUUUUCCCGUCCUUCCCCUCUCUCCUAAAUUGAAAAUAUCUCUCGUUGUAAGGAAAUUGUCCUUCUCCCUUCCUCCCUCCCUCCCUCCCUCUCUCCCUCCCUUCCUUCCUUCUGCUGCUGAACUUUUAAAAGAGGUCUCUAACUGAAGAGAGAUAAAAGCCAGCCCUGCCAAAGGAUGGAGAUCCAUAAUAUGGAUACCAGUGAGCUUGUUGUGAACCAUAACGUCCCCAAUGACUAAGGAAUCAAAGAGAGAGAACCAUCGUACCUAAAAGUACAGUGCAACACAGACACAUUGACUGAGUGCAGUAUUAGGUUUCACGGGAGCAGCCUCUAAUUAGACAACUUAAGCAACGUGGCAUCGGCUGCUUCUUAUCAUUGCUUUUCCAUCUAGAUCAGUUACAGCCAUUUGAUUCCUUAAUUGUUUUUUCAAGUCUUCCAGGUAUUUGUUAGUUUAGCUACUAUGUAACUUUUUCAGGGAAUAGUUUAAGCUUUAUUCAUUCAUGCAAUACUAAAGAGAAAUAAGAAUACUGCAAUUUUGUGCUGGCUUUGAACAAUUAUGAACAAUAAUGAAGGACAAAUGAAUCCUGAAGGAAGAUUUUUAAAAAUGUUUUGUUUCUUCUUACAAAUGGAGAUUUUUUUGUACCAGCUUUACCACUUUUCAGCCAUUUAUUAAUAUGGGAAUUUAACUUACUCAAGCAAUAGUUGAAGGGAAGGUGCAUAUUAUCACGGAUGCAAUUUAUGUUGUGUGCCAGUCUGGUCCCAAGCAUCAGUUUCUUACACGAGCUCCAGUUUCCCUAAAUGUUCACUGACACAAAGGAUUAGAUUACACCUGCCAUGACUCCGGUGGUCACGUGUAGAAAGCACCGCACACGGAGUACAGAUCCGUAGAAUGAUCAGGAGUGCUCCUCUCUACCUGGGAGGUCCAGUUGCCAUAGGAUUUCUAGCUGCCGUGGUGGUUAGGAACGAGAUACUGCCUGUUUGCAGAGUUACAGACCUUGUCUCGGAAGGAGCUGUGAGCCAGUAUUCAUUUAAGAGGCAAUAAGGCAAAUGCCAGAAUUUGGGGGGAAAAAAAAAAAACAAAAAACAAAACCCAAAACCAUCAAAGACAGCAGAACGCCUGACCAAAUUCUAAAACGUAAUCUUUAGGAGUUGAUUCAUUUAGGACUGUUUGUUUAAAUUAAUCUGCAGUUUUUACCAAGAGCUAAGCCAAUAUGUGUGCUUUUUCAACCAGUAUUGUCACAGCAAGAAAGUCAGUCAGGUUCCAGACUGUUAAGAGGUGUAAUCUAAUGAAGAAAUCAAUUAGAUGCCCCCGACAUCUACAGUCGCCGAAUAACCAAUAAACAGUAACCUCCAUCAAAUGCUAUACCAAUGGACCAGUGUUAGUAGCUGCUCCCUGUACUAUGUGAACAGUCUUAUUCUAUGUACACAGAUGUAAUUAAAAUUGUAAUCCUAACAGACAAAAGAGAUGUAGUUCAGCUUUUCAAUGUUUCAUGUUUGCUGUGCUUUUCUGAAUUUUAUGUUGCAUUCAGAGACUGUUGUCUUGUUCUUCUUGUGGUGUUUGGAUUCUUGUGGUGUGUGCUUUUAGACACAGGGUAGAAUUAGAGACAAUAUUGGAUGUACAAUUCCUCAGGAGACUACAGUAGUAUAUUCUAGUCCUUACCAGUAAUAAGGUUCUUCCUAAUCAUAAUUAAGAGAUUGAAACUCCAAACAAGUACUCAUGAUGAACAGAAACACAUCAAAAUCAUAAUAAUAUUUUCAAAACAAGGAAUAAUUUCUCUAAUGGUUUAUUAUAGAAUACCAAUGUAUAGCUUAGAAAUAAAACUUUGAAUAUUUCAAGAAUAUAGAUAAGUCUAAUUUUUAAAUGCUGUAUAUAUGGCUUUCACUCAAUCAUCUCUCAGAUGUUGUUAUUAACUAGCUCUGUGUUGUUGCAAAACUUUUUGGUGCGGACACGUUUCCAAAACUAUUGCUACUUUGUGUGCUUUAAACAAAAUACCUUGGGUUGAUGUUUCAUCAGCCUCGUGCUAGGAAUACUGUGUAUCUAUCAUUAGCUAUAUGGGACUAUAUCGUAGAUUGUGGUUUCUCAGUAGAGAAGUGGCUGUAGUGUGAUUCUAGAUAAAUCAUCAUUAGCAAUUCAUUCAGAUGGUCAAUAACUUGAAAUUUAUAGCUGUGAUAGGAGUUCAGAAAUUGGCACAUCCCUUAAAAAAAAAAUAACAACAGAAAAUACAACUCCUGGGAACAAAAGGUGCUGAUUCUAUAAGAUUAUUUAUAUAUGUAAGUAUUUAAAAAGAUUAUUUUCCAGAAAGUCUGUGCAGGGUUUAAGUUGCUACUAUUCAACCACACUAUAUAUAAGUAAAAAUAUAUAACAAUAUAUCCGUUGUUUUCACUGUAUCACAUUAAAGUACUUGGGCUUCAGAACUCAGAGCCAACCAACUGAAAACACGAGAUGGAGAUGUGAGAAAAGAAUCUAGUACAAAUUUUAGUUUUCAGUUUAAGUGACUCUCGGCGUUACCGAGUACACGAAUCUCACACAUAGGAAACACGACUUAAAACGUAGAUCUAAAAGAACUGCACGGGCUUUAGGGCAAAAUGCUCAUCUUAAAGCUUGCUCGAGGUAAGUUUUUUCAAGUUUCAGGCAAGACCAUUUACUUAAUGUGAAGUUUUGGAAAGUUAUAAAAGUGUAUGUUUUCGCCAUAUGAUUUAAAUUUUUAUUUUGCUUCUUUUAGGUUUGUUCUUAUUUAAAGCAAUAGGAUUGUGUGACUACCUGUAGUUACACUUGUGUUUCAAUCAGAUCAGAUUGUUGUAUUUAUUCCACUAUUUUGCAUUUAAAUGAUAACAUAAAAGAUAUGAAAUAUUUAAAACUGCUAUUUUUCUUAUAGAAGAGAAAAUGGGUGUUGGUGAUUGUAUUUUAAUUAUUUAAGCGUCUCUGUUUACCUGCCUAGGAAAACAUUUUAUGGCAGUCUUAUGUGCAAAGAUCGUAAAAGGACAAAAAAUUUAAACUGCUUAUCAUAAUCCAGGAGUUGCAUUAUAGCCAGUAGUAAAAAGAAUAAUAAUAAUAAUAAAACCAUGUCUAUAGCUGUAGAUGGGCUUCACAUCUGUAAAGCAAUCAAUUGUAUAUUUUUGUGAUGUGUACCAUACUGUGUGCUCCAGCAAAUGUCCAUUUGUGUAAAUGUAUUUAUUUUAUAUUGUAUAUAUUGUUAAAUGCAAAAAGGAGAUAUGAUUCUGUAACUCCAAUCAGUUCAGAUGUGUAACUCAAAUUAUUAUGCCUUUCAGGAUGAUGGUAGAGCAAUAUUAAACAAGCUUCCACUUUUGA